GAGAGAGACUUGGCUCGUGGAGAGGGGGCAGAGAGAGAGACUGAGUGAGAGCGCUUAACAUCCAAAGGGGGGGGGAGGUUUGGGUACUGAGGGCGUUCUAGAGCCACACGCUGACACGGGUGAAGACUGCACUCAGGCUCCCAGCCACGCUGGAAAUGUGAAAGUUUGGAAAAGGCCAAGGAUUCAGAGCCGCUCUCCGCCGAGCCCUUAAGACCCCGAAAAUCUGCGCAGAACGGGUGAAAACCAGGCCGGCCCUUUUCCGACAUCGCUGCAGAGAACCGCUAAUGCAACGUGAUCCUCCAGGACUCUCGCUAAAAAUACCGCCAGCCCGAAGAACUCGCACAGGCUGCUUCUGCUUAAUUGGCGAAAGAUUAAAUAUUUUGUUUGGUAUUUUUUCUUCUCCCUUCGCAUUGCUCUAAUUGGACAUUCCAAGGCCGUUACAAAAUAUUCCGAAACUUUUUAGCACAAGAAACUUUAAGGUAAUAUAUUUUUGAAUCUAUUUUUGAAUAUAUAUAUACACUUCAGGACAGAAAGUUUGAAAAUCGUUUUGAGUAGGGUUAUUUUUAUUAAAAUAAUUUUUUAUUGGAAAUGCAAUCCUUUCCCAAAUCUUCAUGCCGUGUAAAACAGGAACCCGCCUGGAUUACGUACACUGAAAUAGUAAAUCUCUCCAUUGAAUGGGUUAGAAUAUUUCAAACAGAGAGACGGUUUUGAUUGUUUUGACAAAUAAAAAUCUACCUUGAGCUAUACCUGAAGCAAACCGAUUGUGGAAUGUCUUUGUGACUCACUGAGUUGAAACUUAAAGUGCUGGAAAGCUAAACGCCCUGCUUCAGACUAAAUGCCAGAUCAAUGCGAAUCACUUUGACCGUGUAAGCAGCACAGCAGCGAUAAGUGACAGAAAGAGCGGUUAGUUUUCUGGGGACACGGACCCGGUGGAGGAUGAGGAAAGCUGAGGUGCAGAUGACCCUGAAGAAGGGAGCGGAGGAAGAGGCCCGUGGGGGGGCCCCCCCUAGCCCCAGGAUCCCCCCGAAACGGGCCAAGGUGAGCCCGGACCAGGGGGUCCCGGACCCCGCAGAGUCGGUGUACCCCACCCCCACCCCGCCCAUGUUCAUCCGGAAGAUGCGGAACGCGGCGGUGGGCAUGGGGUGCGAUAUCCGGCUGAAGGUGGCAGUGGCGGGGGACCCCCAGCCCUCCCUGUACUGGUACCGGAACCAGGACCUCCUGGACCUGGAGAACCAGGAGUACGGCGGGCUGUGGAUCCGGGACUGCCAGCCCAGCGACGCCGGCCUCUACACCUGCAUCGCCAACAACUACCUGGGAGAGGCCAAGAGCAGCGCCGUGCUGGCCGUGCUCGACCUGGGAGAAGAUUCAGAGAACACAGAGGACGAAGCAGCGGAACCCCAGAUACCCAUGCAAAACCAAGAGGGGCCCACGGGGAUUCAGGACCAGGCUGCCCAUAGAGUGCCUGCAGGUGACGGCGACCGGAUGAUGGACCUGACACCAGACGCCAGCGGCCGCAGGGGUUCGAGGACGGACAGCUGGGCUGGCAGCCAGCACACAGUGGUAGAGAAGGAGGCUCCAGCCUUGGGUUCGAGAGCGCCUGGGCCCCAGGACCCCUCCAAGCCUGCCAGGAGCCAAACAGAAGACGUUUUGAGGGAAGCACACCCCCAAGUUCUCCCACCCCCCUCUCCCAAAAUUGGCCAGCGUUCCAUCACUUCCCCUAUAACUACCCGUUCCGGGUCAGCCCCUGGCACGCCACUCACCCCUCGCAAGAAAGUUGUUGUCCCAUCCGACUAUGUAGACACCGUAGCAGGAGAAUUUGAGGACAAGAUUAAGCAGCCAAAGUCCUCAGCCAUGUCUCAGAGUAGUAACCAGGACUCCCGCCCCCAGACCCCCGUCAGCGAGUAUUCCCGCAAGGACUUGACACUCCGUCCGUCACCGAAGCUGACUCGUGCCAGCUCUAAGAUCAUCGAAAAGGUGCGAGUCUUCGAGGAGCGAAGGAAGAGCAUCGACAAUCCAGAGGGAUCAAUCUCAGGAAGAUCCUGGGCCGGUUUCAACCGGGCCCCAUCCAUCGACUCGGACGAUGGGGGGAGCCGGUUAGGGAUCUCCCGAGAGAGCUCCAGGGAAGAUCUGCGGGAGGCCCUGAAGGCGGACGCAGCUGAGAGGAGGUCCAUGUUCCGGCAGAGGGCUGCCUCUCUGGAGGACCGGCCUCGCUACUCCCAAAAGGUCCAGGACAUCGAGAGCAAGUUCACAGAGGAGUUGCGGAGGAUCAAGAAGCUGGUGGGGAAGCCCCAUCUGGCAAAGUCCUUCUCCACAGAGCAGCUCUCUCCCCGUGGCAGGCAGCCACUCAGAAAACUGGAGCCCAUCCCCCCUCAGGUUCUACAGAAACUGCAGAUCCGCGAGCGCAUCCAGCAGGAAGAGGAGGAGAAACGGAGAGAGCAACUGAAAGAACGAUCGCCACAACGAUCACCUGAACCUGAAAAGAACCGGGAAGCCCAGAAAAAGGAGGAGCCUCCACCCCAACAACCCGAAACCAACAGGUCCUCAGUAAGCAGUGUGACGGUGAGUAGAUUUGGACAGGAAGAAAUCGCCCCUGAGGCUAUGUCAGUCACUGAGUUACCUGGACAACGGUCGCCAAGAAGAAGCCCAGUCAGGGAGCCGCCUCGGAGCACUUUAACACCAGAGACUCCAGGAUUGGCUGAAGAGCACCCACUCCCCCCUGCCUUACCGAAGGAGGAGCCAUCACCUAGGAAAGUUGAAAUAUCGGUACGGCAGGUAGAACGAAGGCCUCCAAGUCCGCUUGUGCAGAGAGGACCUCCUUUUGUACACGAACUCGCCCACUCCCCAGAUUCCCCCAUCAAAGAGUCUCUGAGGGAGGAGCCAAUGCCCAGGAAGGUGGGCCCGUCCUUGCGCAAGGUGGAGCAGAGGCCUCCGAGCCCGCUUGUGCAGAGAGAGCCUCAGCAUCCUGCCCAGGCCCCAACCAAGCCUCCAAGGCUCGUUCCUACCCGCGGUCCAGUCUCGGAGCAAGAGGCUAUGGAGGUGCACGCACCGCCCGCAUCCCCUGCUCCAAAACUCCCCAUCCCUUCAAUCGUUGUGGAAGAAGAGCCAAUGGAAGUUCAGGCUGCGGAGGCGGCGGGUGGCAAAACGAUGAGGAAAGGCAGGGAGGGAGCAACGCACCGAGCCAGAGGAAAAGGCCAUCGCACUCGGCCCAUGUCUCCGGAGCUAGAUUCUUCAGACGACUCGUACGUCUCUGCUGGAGAGGACCCACUGGAGGCGCCCCUGUUUGAGCUCCCCCUACAGGACACUGUGGCAUCUGCAGGCUCCGAUGUGCUACUGAUGUGCAUCAUCGCUGGCACUCCUGACCCAGAAGUGACAUGGAGGAAGGAAGAUGUGGAGAUGAGGAACAGCCCCACGCACACAGUGAAGGUGGAGGGAGAGAGGCACUCGCUGCACAUCAAACGCUCAAAACCCGGCGACGCUGGCACUUACUGCGUCACGGCAACCAACGAGGUGGGCCGAGCCACCUGCACUGCCACCCUUUUCAUUCAAGCAGACCCCAGGCAGGAGGCGCGGGGGACCCUCGGUGUACCCAUGGACAUCAGCAGCCCCAUCACGUCUGACGAGGAGUACCUGAGCCCCAUGGAGGAAGGCAUGGACUACGGGGUCCCAUCCUAUCGGGGGCCGGAGCCUAGGAAAAUCGUGGACACGCGAUUCAAGGAACCACCUUCCUUCCAGUUGACUCUCAAUGACCAGUCUGUGACUGAGGGGCAGGAGGUCACCAUGUCCGUGCGAAUGCAGGGCCAGCCCAAGCCUCUGAUUUACUGGCUACGGGACCGAGUGACGAUAAAAACCGCCGGCCGACGCGUCGUCCGGGAAACCGAGGAUGGAACGUUUGAGAUGAAGAUCACAUCGGCGCAGAGAUCCGACAUGGGAGUGUACACCUGCAAGAUCAUCAAUGAGUACGGAUCAAAGCAAUGUGAAUGCAAGCUAGAGGUCAAAGCAGCUCACUCAGAGGCGGUGCUGGUCGUGACGCAGCACGCGAGCGAUAUGACGGUGGUUGCCGGGGAGACGGCUCUGUUCGAGUGUCACAUGAUCGGCCCCCAGGACGUGGACGUGGAUUGGCUGUCGGACGGGAAGCUGAUCCAGCCGGCGCUGCUGAACUGUAAGAUGCACUUCGACGGGCGGAGGUGCAGGCUGCUCCUAAACUCUGUGCACGAGGACGACAGCGGAACAUACACCUGCAAGCUGAGCACAGCCAAAGAGGAGCUGACCUCCAGCGCCAGCCUGAAGGUCAUUCCCUCUAUCCAGCCUCUCUUUACCCGUAAGCUGGACGUCCUAGAAGUGAUCGAGGGGCGCACGGCCCGCUUCGACUGCAAGGUCAGUGGGACGCCCCCGCCCAGGGUCAUCUGGAGCCAUUUUGAGCACACGCUCGCAGACAGCGAGAACGUUCGGAUCCUAAAGGAGGGAGGGCGUCACUCCCUGGUCAUCGUGCACGUGACCAAUGAGAAUGAGGGCUUCUACACAGUCACCGCCCGCAACGCACACGGGGAGGCGGAGUGUGCGGCCGAACUCUACGUGCAGGAGCCGCGCCCUGCCAUCUCCUCCCAGAUGGCGAAGCUGGAGAAGAUGCCCUCCAUCCCGGAGGAGCCGGAGGUCCCGGACAGCGAGAUGGAGCGCUUCACCAUGCCCGACUUCGUGAAGCCGCUGUACGACCUGGACGUGGUGGAGGGGAAGGAGGCGGUGCUCAAGUGUAAGGUGGCUGGCCUCCCGUAUCCCACCAUCACCUGGUUCCACAACGGCAAGAAGAUCGACAACACGGACGAGAGGAAGAUGACGCAGUACAGGGACAUCCACAGUCUGGUCAUCCGCUCUGUCUGCCACGCUCACGGGGGUGUCUAUAAGAGCGUCAUUUCCAACAAGGUGGGGAAGGCUGCCUGCUAUGCCCACUUGUAUGUGACAGAUGUGCUCCCUGACCCUCCGGAUGGAGCCCCGGUUAUAGAGGGGAUCACAGGGAAGACCGUGUCCCUCAGCUGGAGGAAACCCCGGAGGCUUGACCCAUCUUUAGACGCCAGCUCUCUCAUGUACGCCAUCCAGCAGCAGGCGCUGGGGUCCAUCCAGUGGACCGUCAUCGUCUCCGGCCUGAGACAAACCUCCUACACGGUCAGCUCUCUCUCCAAAGGGGCUCGCUACUCCUUCAGAGUCCUGUCCGUCAUCAACAAGACCCUGAGCAAGCCCUCCCCAUCCACAGAGCCUGUACAACUUCUGGACCGGGGCCCGUACCUUCGAGAGGCCCCAGUCAUCACGGAUAAACCCGACGUGGUGUACAUGGUGGAGAACCAGUCUGUCAGCAUCACUGUCACACUCAACCACGUCCAGGCAGCCGUCACCUGGAAGAAGCAGGGCGUGGCUCUGGAGCACAGGCCGGGCGUGUGUGAGAUGAGCAUGCCAGACGAUGACCAGCACACACUGAAGAUGGUGAGGAUGAGGAGCUCAGACGUGGGCCAGAUCAUCUGCAUGGCCAGCAACGCGCUGGGCAGCGACUCCUGUAUACUCACACUGGAGAUGGCCGUGCCCCCCACGUUUGAGUCCAUCAUGGAGGACCUGGAUGUGCAGGUGGGAGAGACUCCUCGCUUCGUAGUGGUCGUCGAGGGAAAACCCGUCCCAGACAUCAUGUGGUACAAGAACGAUACGCUGUUGUCGGAGAGCAGCCACUUCUCCUUUGUGUACGAUGACAGCGAAUGCUCCCUGGUGGUGCUCAACAUCCAGGAGGAGGACUCUGGAGUGUACACCUGCACGGCCAAAAACCAGGCUGGGGUCGUGUCCUGCAAGGCAGAGCUCACCGUACAUACAGCCCCACCGGAGACAGAGGAGGCUAUGGAGGAUGAGGAGAGCGUUCUGAGGAAGAUGCGCAGGCUGACUGACUACUACGACAUACACAAGGAGAUCGGGAGAGGCGCAUUCUCCUACGUGAAGCGCGUGACGGAGAAAGCGGGGAAGGCAGAGUUUGCGGCGAAGUUCAUGAGCGCUCGCGCCAAGAAGAAGACCUCUGCCCUGCGCGAGAUGUCUCUGCUCUCCCGGCUGGACCACCAGCGCAUCGUCUACUUCCACGACGCCUUCGAGAAGAAGAACGCCGUCAUCGUCAUCACUGAGCUAUGUCACGAAGAGUUCCUGGAAAAACUGACGAAGAAGUCGAGCGUGAUGGAGUCUGAGAUACGGUCCAUUGUGAGGCAGCUGCUGGAGGGAGUGGGAUACCUCCACCAGAACAACAUUAUGCACCUGGACAUAAAGCCGGAAAAUAUCCUCAUGGCAGAUUCCGGCGGGGAACAGAUCCGGAUCUGUGAUUUCGGGAACGCUAUGGAGCUCACGCCCGACGAGGCUCAGUACUGCAAAUACGGCACUCCUGAAUUUGUUGCCCCAGAAAUUGUUAACCAAACACCCGUCUCCAAGGCAACAGACAUCUGGCCUAUCGGAGUCAUGACUUAUCUUUGUCUCACUGGGGUCUCUCCCUUCGCCGGGGAGAACGACCGCAGCACUGUGCUCAACAUCAGAAACUACAACGUUGCGUUUGAGGAGAGCAUGUUCGCGGACCUGUGCAGGGAAGCUAAAGGAUUUGUCAUCAAACUGCUGGUGGCGGAGAGACUGAGACCUGAUGCUAACGAAUGUCUCCGGCACCCAUGGUUUAAGAUGUUGACAAAGGGGAAGAGCAUCAGCACAGAGAGCCUCAAACAGUUUUUAUCCAGAAGAAAGUGGCAGCGCUCACUCAUCAGUUACAAAUCCAAAAUGGUAAUGAGGUCCAUUCCCGAGCUGUUGGACGACUCCUCCAGCCAUAUCUCCAUUGCCGUUCCAAGGCAUCUCAAAGAGGGCUCCCCUCCAGUGUCCUCAUCUUCCGACUCUGAUGAAGACAUCGAUGAGCUGCCUUUCAUCCCCAUGCCACACAUCAUGGACUUCUCUGGGUCCCGAAUGUCUCUGACUGAGAUUCCAGGGGAUGAGGAAGUGGAAGGCAGGCCCAACGGCACUGUCGAAGGAGUGGGCCAAAGUGCCCAGGGCGUGAUGCUCAUGGAGUGCGAGCCAUCAGAGAAGGAUGGUGGUGAGACGGUGGGGAGGGGGAGGGCCAGGAAAAGAGCCACACAGGAAGAGGAAGGGGGAUCUUCAGACGAGGAAACCGCGGAGGCUGCCAAGAGACCAGAUCAGCCGAAGAGACCCCUGCGCAAGAGUUCGAGCAUGGAUUCGGAAAAAGGCGAAGGAGUUCGCCGGAGGGGGGAGCUGCGGAGAGGGAGCUCCGCCGACAGUGCCCUGCUCCUCCACAUCAAGCCAGAGGAAGGCGCCGGUGAGGAAACGACAGAGGAUGGGAGAAAAGUCCUGAAAAAGGCCGUCUCCAUGGAGCUUCCACGCCGGAGCCCAAGUCCUGGCACGGGAAAGAUGAGCCAGGAGGACUACGCGCUGAAACUGGAGCUCAUGAGGCAACGGCUGCUGAGAGGUGGAUCUGUCGACAACAAGAUGAGUGGCCUCCGGGGCCCUCUGCUGGAGACUCUGGGCAUGGGCGAGGAGAAGCGAUACUCUUCGCUGGAUCGGUACGUGCGCCCGUCCCGGCUCGGUGUCAUGCCUCUGACUCGGGCGGCCUCCAGUGACAGCCCAAGGGACGACACCCCAAAGACCAAGGUGCUCCGCAAGAGCGCCUCCUUCAGCCAGGGCGACGCUGAACCCAUCCCCCUCCACAGGCGCUCCGGGGCACCCUUAGAGAUCCCCUUGGCUCAGAUAGAGGAGCGGAGACUGCAGGAAGCCCCAUCCAUGUCUGCUCUUACAGAGCAGCCCAAGCUGGACUCCCUCCCAACCACUCCAAAAGACCUCUCCAAACCACCCACCCCCGAACUAGAUGAGCAGGAGGAGGUGAUCAGCAGCAGAAUGACAAGAGACUCCUCAGAGGAAAGGGAAAGAGAUUUGGAAGAAGACCAGGCAGAUGGUGUGUCAGGACAGGGUGAUGCUACCGUUCUUCCGGAGAGAAAUAUGAGCAUGUUAGAGGAAGAAAGAGAAGAAGAAGCAACCAAAGAAUGUGAGAGUGUGUCUGAGAUGACUCCCAGAACAGUGGAAGAAGAAGAGGAGGAAGGAAAAGUAAAGGAUGGAAGUCAGGAGGAGAAUUCUGCCAUCAGGAUGGAAGAGGAAGAAGAGAGGUUGCAGAGCUCUGUGAUUGUGAUGCCUGUGGCCCCUGCUACAAAGGCGCCACCGCCUGUUAUCCCAACAAUUAUAACCCCCUCCCCACCUACCCGUGUUACUCUGCCCGAUGGUAGGACCUCUGCAUAUGCCAGCAUCAUGCAGACUAUCAUGGUCCCAUCUCUCCAGCCUGCUAAUGCCCCUGCGCCUGCAUCCACUGCACCCACAAUCGCCGCUACCCCAAUUCCCACCCCAACUCCAUCUCAGCCAGAACCUUCCUCAUGGACUGAACACCCUGCAGUCUUUUCAAGAGUGGCAUCCACUGAACAGCCAGUGAAGGAACCCAGUCCCACCAAGACUUCCACCCAGCCAUCCCUUCCAAUGGAACCAGGCCCUGGGCAGGACAUCAAAGACAUCACCUCUGAGGAGGUAUUUGAGUCCAGGUUCAAAAAGAGGGAAUCAUCCCUGACACGUAGCCUGAAGCUCCUGACUAGAUCCAAAGGGGAGGAGAAGCCUUCAGUCGAUGUUCCCACUGCUGGGGAAGAGAUUUAUCGCCCAGGGCCAACCGGUGCUCCUCUGCAGUUUGUCAAGCCGGAAUUUUCCAGGAGGCUAGAGGAGAAGUCAAAGUCUGUCCAGGAUCUCCGGGAAGCUUCGAAGGACAGCAGCUUCAUGAAGAGGCUCUCCCUGCGCUUGAAGAGAGCUCCCUCUACCGAGAGGAAGGAGGAGCCACCUGCUCCUGAGCCUGGCACACCCCGACGCAGGCUGUCCUGGGGCAUGGGCCGCACAAGGUCCCAGGACAAGAAGGAGGUGGAGAUGGUGAGGAUGGAUGGGGUAUCAGAGCCUCAGCAGGAGGAAGAAAUCAGGGAGCCUAAGAAGACCUCAGAGUCGCCCGUCCUGGCCAUGCGCAAGAAGAUUGAGUCAACAGUGGCCGGGAUCUCCAUGCGCAUCCGCAGCCAUUCGAUGGACCGGAAGGAGGACAAGAACCAGGAGGACAAGGACAAGCCAGAGAGCAAGAGGACACCCCUACUGUCAAUCCUGCGUCGCACCAGCUCUGAGGGAGUGAAUCUGAAGAAGAUGGGCCUGACUUCACAGUCAAGCACCACCGCCUCCACAGAGUCCCUCGAGUCAAUGUCCAGCAUCCAGUCAGAGACCUCUACCAAAAGUACACCGGCAGCUGCAGACGAGCGCAGGUCGAGGUGGGAUCGAUGGGGCCUGACCAGGGGCCGGAGAGAUAAGACAGUGUCACAGCCAGACAUCCCUUCAGCAAUCGCUCGAGAGAAUGGUUCUCUGCGGGGUCGGCAAUAUUCUCGUCUAGCCUCAGACUUCCCUCCAGUUUUCCACAUCAAGUUGAGGGACCAUGUCCUUCUGGAGGGAGAUCCUGUCACUCUCAGCUGCCUCCCGGCUGGCAGCCCCCCUCCACGCAUUGCUUGGGUGAAAGAUAAGAAGCCCCUGGAGAUCGACCCCAGGAUGAACAUGAUCUCCUGUCCAGACGGCCGGCAGCUGCUGAUGAUCAUGAAGACCACCAAGAAUGAUGCCGGGCUGUACGAGUGUGUGGCCACCAAUCCCCUGGCCACCGUCACCAGCUCCUGCAUCAUCUCUCUGGCCCGCCUGCCAAACCGCCCUGGGACCCCAGAGAUCCCACAGAAGUACAGGAACACCGCCCUGGUGCUGUGGAGGCCUUCAGACACCCUGGCCCCCUGCACGUACUCCCUGGAGAGGAGGACUGAGGGUGAAGCAAACUGGCUGAUUGUAGCGACUGGUGUGGCUGAGUGCUACUACAAUGCCACUGAACUUCCACCAGGGGGCACCUUCAGGUUCAGGGUGGCCUGCGUCAACAAGGCCGGCCAAGGGCCCUACAGCAACCUCUCCGAGAAAGUGUGCCUGGACUCUACAGGAACCAAACCUUCUGGCAUUGUCAUCGUGAAGACCGUCCCUUCCCUGAAGCUUGCGGUCGUGACCACUCCAGAGAGCGGUCCGGUUACCGAUUCUCCUGUUACAACCCAAGCUCCUGCUCCUUCCCCACCUCAAAAGUCUGCCCCCAAACCGACCCGCCCUUCCCCUCCGAGGGAGGCUGUUGCCCCUGCCCCCAAACCCACCCGACCUUCCCCACCUCGAGAAUCUGCCCCCAAACCAACCCGGCCAUCCCCACCCCGAGAAUCUGCCCCCAAACCAACCCGCCCCUCCCCACCCCGAGAAUCUGUUGCCCCUGCCACCAAACCCACCCGUCCUUCCCCACCUCGAAGCAUUGCCGCUGGGGUCGCUAAGCCUCCGUCCCCCACCCCUCCAGCUGAUGUGCCUUCUGCCCCCCCGGCCAAGCCCUCCCCACCCCACCGCACCGUCACACCCAUCCAGAUCUCCCCCUCCGUCACCCCCACCAAGGCAAAGACCACCCUAAACAUUACCGUCACCACCGCCUCAACCGCAGCGCCUCCCACUCAGACCCAAGUCCUGUCCACCAAGGCCCUGCCUCCCAUCCUGCCCAAACCACAGAGCCCUGUCAACGUGGUCCCUCCCCUGUCUCAGACCGCCCCGCCCCCUCUGGUGUCCCCGCCCCCGGCCAUUGGUAAGCCAAUCUCCUCUGUGCCCCUGUACGCCCCCUCCCCCACAGCCCCCGCCCAGGUGGUCAGCCCCUCCCUCUCCCCCCCUGUUGUCCUGGUGACCAGCCUGAGCCCUGUGGGCGACGGCACCACCACACCCUCCAGACUGACCCCCACGGGACGUGCCACGCCCUCCGGGCGAAUCACACCCUCUGGCCGCAGGACGCCCUUGGGCAAGCCUGGAGAGACCAGCCUACGGCAGGGGGUCCCCCAGAAACCCUACACCUUCAUGGACGAAAAGGCCAGGGGCCGUUUCGGCGUGAUCAGAGAGUGCCGGGAGAACGCCACGGGGAACCUGUUCAUGGCGAAGAUCGUGCCAUACGAGCCGGACAGCAAGCAGGCGGUGCUGCAGGAGUACGACAUCCUCAAGUCCCUGCACCACGAGCGCAUCAUGGCGCUGCACGAGGCCUACGUCACGCCCCGAUACCUGGUGCUCAUCUCCGAGUGCUGCACAGGGAAGGAGCUGCUCUACAGCCUAAUCGACAGGUUCCGCUACUCGGAGGACGAUGUGGUGUCCUACCUGGUCCAGAUCCUGCAGGGGCUCGAUUACCUGCAUAACCGCCGCAUUCUGCACCUGGACAUCAAGCCUGAAAACAUCAUCGUCACCCCCAUGAACUCCGUCAAAAUCAUUGACUUCGGCAGCGCACAAAACUUCAACCCGCUCUUCCUCAAACAUUACAGCCACCGGAUGGGGACGCUAGAAUACAUGUCUCCAGAGAUGCUGAAAGGGGACGUGGUGGGACCCCCUGCUGACAUGUGGAGUAUCGGGGUCCUGACCUUCAUCAUGCUCAGCGGCAGACUGCCUUUCAUGGAGAAAGACACACAGGAGACCGAAGUCAAAAUCCUGGCCGCCAGAUUUGACCUCAGCAAGAUCUACCCAAAUGUAUCCCAGAGUGCAUCUCUGUUCCUGAAAAAGAUCCUGUGCAGCUAUCCAUGGGCACGCCCCACCAUUAAGGACUGCUUCAGUAACGCCUGGCUGCAGGACGCAUACCUGAUGAAGCUCCGGCGGCAGACGCUCACCUUCACCACCACCCGUCUGAAGGAGCACGUGGUGGAGCAGCAGCGGCGACGCUCCGAGGCAGCCACCAAACACAAGGUCCUCUUGCGCUCAUACCAGAGCACGCCGACUACGCCAACCACACCUACGCCCACCACGCCCGGCACCAAGUGAGCCAGCCAGCGCAGCCCUGGAGGGCCAGGGGGCAGGCAGGGCAGGGGGGGGGGCAGAGGGGAGAUAGCAUGUCAGGGCCUCCAGGAGGAAGGAGUAAGACACGCUCCCUGACCUCCGACCCCCGACCCCACCCCCUUCUGCUCCAGACCUGAGGGCCGAGGCUUUGUUUCCACCACCCCCACCCCUUUUGAGGUGGGGCAGGGCAGGGCUCCGUGGCAGACUGGCCACACCCACACAGGCCUAGUCCUCAGAGACCUGAUGACAGGACGCCUCGCUCCUGAAACCAGACUGGCUCCCAAAGCAGAUACCUCACCGCCCGUCCGACAGCAUGCUUCUGCUUCUGUGUUCUGUACAGGAGCCGUUUCCCCUCAAACCUCUCGCCUCCUUCUUAACUCCAGUCUUGCCCCCUGAGCGUCAGUCACUGCAGAUGGAUUGGGCUGAGAAGAGUGGAGAAUGCUGAGCCAUUACAGAAUGAGGAAUCACAUUCUCUGACUGAAGCUCUCUUCUCUAAAAAUCUCUAAAAAAGAUCCAGCUCUAGCACCGUUGAUGAAAGUGUAAGGUGAUGUGAUUAUGUAAUGUUACCCAGCAUCACACUGGGAACUUACUUGCGGAGAAGUAAAGUGUUCAUCUUUCUCUUCUGCAUUUAAAAGCUUAGUCAUGUUAUUUUCUUGUGUUAAUUAUUUUAUCAGUAAUUAUCAGUGUACAUCAAGAGUUUUCGCAGCAGUCGCAAUGAUUGACAGUAAAUAUGGGUAAAUAUUUUUCCGACAAGUUAUCCAGUGUCAUUGCAAGACAAAACAUUAAAACAAAUGUUUCUUUCAUGGAUCCCGUGGUUAUAGGCUGUGGUCUGACCUCAGUCAAUACUAGAGUGUCAUGGUCAGAACUACGUACAACCACUAGCACAGGAAGGGAAGGAGAAGGUGGCUGUACUGAAGCACCUUUAAACCUUUCAGUGACACCUGCUAGUUCUGUAGAGUUCUUAUACAUCCACAAGGAAGUCAUGACCACCAAAUAUCACUGGUAUGUACAGAACAGCUGCUAAAGAUGGCCUCAUUAGUCAGGACUCUAGAUAAGCUAUAUCUUUGUUAUGUUCUAUAAUGCCAGUUUGUGGAAAAUGGAGAGAGACUGCCCGAUGACGGAGGCAGGUGGGUGUACAGGAUCACAGAAAAAGGAGGGUAUGAAGUGGGGAUGUUUGGAAAGGGAGCUCCUGCAGUUAUUCCUUAGCUUCACCUUGGGCCACACCUUUAUCAGUCCUGUGGCAGGCCCUGACAACACAGAUGUGUGCCCAUGCAGAUUCUGCCUGUUCAAUGUAUGGAGCUAAACUCCUUCCUCCAGAUUGGCUGUCAUAAGUCAGAUUCUAUUUUCGAAAAAGAGAGAACUAGUUUUCACUGAACAAAGUAGGAUUUGCAUUUUUAUUUUAUGUCAUUUUUAUUUACUUUAUUUUAUUUUUAUUUUUGGGAAGCAUGUAUGUCUCUGGCACAUGAAGCAUUCACUAUAAAAAAUAACCUGGCCUAACACUUUUCUGGCUUUAACUCUUAUCUGUCUUGUGGUAGUACUUUUUCUGUACUUACUGCAUAGUCACACCCCUGCAAUAUGUUUUUUUUAUUUUUAAAUAUGAUAUGACUGAAUUUAAUUGUGAUAGGAAUCCAUGCUGAUGAAUUUCAAAUUAAGAUUUUUUAAAUCACAAAUUGUCAGCAUAGCAUGUAUUGAAAUUACCUUUUGGAUUUGAUAUAGCUUACUGACAUUUUGAAAUGAAUUGGCAAAAAACAACAGUUUUGUUUGUUUCAGAAAACAAGAAUGGGAAAAUGACAAAAUACAAAACAAUACAUACCUACAUAGCUGAAAAAAUAUUUUUAAAAUGAUUUUGAAACAUUGAAAUCAGUGUUUUCUGUUUUUUUUUCCGUUGGAGUAAUUUACAAUAUCAAUACAUGAACUAGGAUUGAUGUUGGACACAACCUAUGAUAUUGGUUUAAUAGAGUAGAAGUAUUGUACUUGAUAUGGUGUGUAACCAGGAAAUUAGUGACAGCACUAAUAUGGGUCGUGUACCGUAGCUGAUUGUAAAAUUCCCUUUUAUUUUCCAAUUUUUUGAGCAAAUGCAACAGUGUUUUUUGGCAAUAGACUGUUUACAGAAGUCUUCUUGAAUGUGUAAUUGGACUUUGUGGUCAAGUGUGAGAAUGUCGAUUAGCUGCUUGCGUAAUACAGUCAGUAUGUUUGGCGUGAAGCUGUCAUAGAACUGUGAUUCAAUAACAGAACAAACUGUUGUGUUCCUUAUCUAUGGAGUAAAUCUGGGAGUGUUCCUUCAAAGCCUCGGUGUUCAUUACGGAUGAUAUUAUCCUCAGAAUAUUUCACAUUGGUAUGGUUGGUCAUAUAGGAAGAGCCCACAAGGAUAUUUUUGUUUGUUUGUUUUUUAUGAUCUUUUACGUUGACUGUGUAUAUAUAGACAGGAUGCCUUGAGAGUUCUUGUGAAUGUUAUUAGAGUUUAUGGGGGAUUCUUGCACAGCCCAGCAUAACAUACAGUACGGUGAACUGCAUUCUUGCAUUUGGAGAAAAUUAAGCAGAAUUCAGAGCAGUUACGCCACAUAAAUGUUGAAUGUCGAGACGAGUUACACACCAGGUUGUGGUUCUGGUCACGUGCCACUGAUUUCCAGGGCACGGGCAUUCAUAGAUAUGAAUGCCUUUCUGUACUCUGUCACUAUGGAAACAGUACAGUACCUGCCCCCGACCGUUAAUUUUGGGUUCCUGUUUCCAGGUCUCUAGAUGCCCCCCUCCCCGCCCCCCACCCAACAGGAAGCCCAGUCCAAAGGACAGGCUUCAUGGGGCAGGCUCGUUCCCAGGGCAGGCCUUGCAGAGUUUAGUACAUCUUAGUGGGUCAUUAAACGGUUACAUGUGGGGAAUCUUUGGGUUUGUGAAAGACCCUUCGGCAUUAAAGAUGCUCCCUCCAUUCAGCACCAGCUCUUGGGAACGAGCCUCUUUAAAACCCACAGACAGGAGCAUGCCAUGUGUAAAUUCACAGCAGUUGACGGUCCUUUUCAAUCGUAUGUAAAGUGUUUUUUUCCAGUGGUUUUGUUUAUUUAUUUAUUUAUUGUUCAGACUCCAGUUGGAAACUUUUACAACUUUGUGGAAUUACUCAUUUAACUCUGGUGUGGCUCGACGGCAUGAUAGCUGAGUACAAAGACUCCUAAUAAAAAGCGUAUGACAAACUGUA